AUGAGAGGUCGGAGUUGUGAGCUUCAGAUUGAUAACCAGGAUUUUGCUCAAUCCUAUUCCAAACGCUUGGAUUUCUUCUUUCUACAGGUCUUCUAUCUUCUGAAGCUCUCGAAUCAAUUCUUUCUCUGUGGGGCUCGUUUCUUUCUUCAUUUUGAUGCUGAAAGUUUCUUCGAGGAUCAUCAUGGAGAUUUGGGGGAGGGUUUCUCUCACGAAGGGGAACAGAGAUUUGUCCGGCUUGCCGACGCAGAUAGAGAAUAUCUCUUUCACGGAGCUGCUCUUCACGGGCUGCUUGAGCAGAGUUCCUCUCAGCCUCUCUCUCCAACAUCUUUUCUCUCCUUUGUUCUUCAGAAAGGUGAGGACAGGUUUUCUCAUCAUGAGAAAUGUGCCUGCAGGGGCAUCUGCAUUCACAGAGACUUGAACUCUUGCAGCACGUUCAUCAACAGCUUUGACAUCACCGAGUCUGCUUCCAAUGGCCCUGAAGUUAUCCUCCAGCCAGAAGUGAGUAGGGAUUCCGGCAACUCUAACCCAGGAAAUCAUGUUGCUUGGAAAGAACCUUUUGCAGAUCUGCCUCUGAGUCAAAGUCAAACUGGAAUCUGGAAUUUCCAAGAUCGAUGCCGUGCACACGCCCCUCCACAUCCCAUAUAUUCGGUCUAGGCAUGAAGGCAAUGAUGGCGUCAGUGCUGCGGAUAUCAUGGUUAAACAUACGCCCCACCAGAUUCCGGCUGAAACGGGCUAUGAGCUGAGAGUUAUCUACAUGAGGUAGAUCUAUGAUUUCAUCAUCUUCUUCAGGAAAAGAGAGGGUAGUAGCUUUGUUUGGACGCUCCAUUUGGGGUUGGUUGGGAUGCAAGAGUUCAAAAGAGUUGCAAGCGAUUAUGCUUCUUAGAUCAAGAAAGAGCUUAGCACCGAGCUAGAGGUCUUCGGACUUUAAACACUUCAGCGAAAAAGUACUUCCCGAUGGAGGGAGAGGUCUUCAAACUUUAAUCUUAAGGGUCUUCAGGUUUGUUCCAUGGAGAGAGGAAGCGACAUCAUCAAAAGGUUUACGUUUUUGUGAUUGAGUAAAGACUUAGCGUGAGCUAGAUAAAGUAGGGAAAUGCGCUUGAAAAGGGGUUGUUGUUUGAUGGUUUUGCCAGAUCUUAGCCAAAGCUAGAGGGUUGAGGCUUUGCUGCAGGAGAGUUGACAUUGAAAAGCAUGAAAGAUUGUCUCCUUGGCGUGUACGAGAAGCAGACGCGCGGCGGAGAACGGAAGGGACCAGUGGUUAGAAGGAGGAGGUUAGUAUUUCGGGAAAACAGAGGAAAGGGGAAAGGAGAAGAAAGGGGAUCUCAGACAUAUUUGGAAAGUCUCGGGGAUGGUGCCUGAGAGAGUUUGCUCUGGUAAAAAAGUAAUAGAAUGGUUUAUCUUAUAUGAGUAAACUUUCUUUUCCAGUUUUUUAUAUUAUCAACGAGAUUGAGAACUGAAAUAUCUUCUUGUUGUCCUUCAAUAAUUUUGGCCAAACUCUCGUUAUCUCCUUGGAAGAUAAUGGAGUCAAAACCCAUUGCCCAUACGCUUUGCAUUGCACACAAAAGUGCUUUACCCUCAGCCUCCAAAGCUGAUAUUGCAGUUCUCAGAUUAGAAGAACCCCAGAAUUGAGCCACACCUUGGUUAUUGCGAGCGAUCCAACCAGCAACUAUCCUUCUUAAGUUUGGAUCAAAGGCAGCAUCAUAAUUACACUUAAUUGUACCCAGAGCGGGACGUUCCCAAUUAGAGGAUAUUAUCUUUUCAU